AUGGAUCACCAGCAUGAUCAUGGGCUUCAGAACGAGCCCAUUGCAGUUGUUGGCAUGGGCUGCCGUUUGCCAGGAAACGUCUCUUCACCCUCGGAGCUAUGGGACUUUCUCAUCCAAAACAAAUCAGGCCAUUGCCACGUACCGAAAGACCGCUACAAUACAGAUGCAUUUUAUCACCCCGACGUUGAAAGACCAGGCAGCAUCAACUCUACGGGGGGCUACUUUAUCCAAGAAGAUAUUAGAGCCUUUGACAACGCAUUUUUCGGGAUAAACAACCCUGAAGCCAGAGACAUGGAUCCUCAGCAGCGGAAGUUGCUUGAGGUGGUCUACGAGGCUUUUGAGAAUGCCGGUGUUCCUCAAGAGCAUCUCCAGGGAUCGCAGACUGGUGUCUUCGUUGGUAAUUUUACCAAUGAUCAUCUAAUCAUGCAGCUUAAAGACCCAGAAUAUGUCUCGCGGUACAGUGCAACUGGUUUGAACACGACUAUACUGGCAAAUCGCAUCACACAUUCUUUCGACUUGCAUGGACCGUCUCUUACGGUCGAUACAGCGUGUUCUGCAUCGCUUUAUGCAUUUCACCUGGCUUGUUUGUCUCUAGACGCGCAUGACUGUACUGCAGCCAUUGUUGCCUCAGCUAAUUUGAUCCAGUCACCAGAACAGCAGAUCAGUAUUACCAAAGCAGGCACCUUGUCUCCUGAUUCAGUUAGCCAUACGUUCGAUGAAUCAGCCAAUGGAUAUGGGAGGGCGGAGGCUGUAUCUGCCGUGUACUUGAAGCGCCUUGGCGACGCAGUUAGGGACAAAGACCCUAUAAGAUCAAUAAUCAGGGGAACUGCCACGAACGGAAACGGGAGAACCUCUGGAAUCUUUCAACCGAGUAUCAAGAGCCAGAAAGCUGUAAUAAGGGCAGCGUACCGGCGCGCUGGCUUGGUCCCAGAUGAGACUGAUUAUAUUGAGGCACAUGGAACUGGCACAAAAGUGGGCGAUCCCAUGGAGAUUGAGGCGAUAACCGGGGUCUUUUGUCAUAAAACGGGGAGACCUACACUGGUGGGCGGUGUCAAACCAGCUCUUGGGCACAGCGAAGCUGCGACUGGUUUGACUAGUGUGAUGAAAGUUAGCCUAGCCCUCGAGCAUGGACUCUUGCCUGCUACCAUUGGUGUCAAUAAGAUUAAUCCGGCGAUAAAAACGGAUGAAUGGAACGUCGAUAUUGUAACAAGCAAUAAGACAUGGCCUACAUCGGCUGUGCCACGGGCUGGGAUUAAUGCCUCUGGAUUCGGCGGUUCCAACAGCCACGCCAUUCUCGAAGCCGCACAGGUCUGUUGUCGUUCCUCUCCAACUAUCGACGAGACCACUGGAGCUUCAUGCGUGGGCACUCGUCAUUCUUCAUGUGAUAGCGGCUCAAGCGAAAGUGGUAUGGCCGAGCACGAUCGGCUCAACUUGAUUCUCUUGUCGGCAAAAUCUCAAGCAUCUCUUGCUCAAAUGGCUCACAAUCUAGCUACAUAUACAGCGCACCCUCACCGGCCCGUUUCUCUUAAUGAUUUAGCUUUUACCCUCGGUUGCCGUCGCUCCAGGUUCGAUUUUCGGGGCUUUUUCCUGGAAUCUCAGUCACGCUUAGAUAACGGCUUAGAUACAAAUGCACUAAAGACAGGCCACUCUGACUCCUUGGGGGCCCUUCCAUUUGCAUUCAUAUAUACGGGACAAGGCUCUCAAUGGGCUGGCAUGGGUAAAGAGCUCCUCAAGUGCAAUUACGUGUUUCGGCACACGAUCGAAUACCUUGACUUUUGCUUACAUGCUCUCGAUUCGGAGCACGCGCCGCCUUGGUCAAUUGAGGCAACCUUCCUUGCGCCCGCCGCAGAAAGCGAUAUCAAUAGUGCAGAAAAGUCACAGUCAAUAUGCACAGCAGUCCAGAUCGCCCUCACAGACUUAUUGCGCGACUGGGGCGUCCUUCCGGAGAUAGUUGUGGGGCACUCGUCAGGCGAAAUAGGAGCCGCAUAUGCAGCUGGCUUUCUCAGUGCGCGGGAAGCCAUUCUAACUUCCUACUUUCGAGGAAGGAUUGUCUCAGAAUGCCCUUGCGCUGGUGCCAUGGUCACCGCCGGACUUCAAAAGUCUGAAGCCGAGACUAUCAUUGAAGAGCUUGUGUUGCAAGGGAAACUCCAAGUGGCGUGCAUUAACUCGCCUGAAAGCACCACCAUAAGCGGGGAUGAAGAAGCGAUAGAUCAUUUUGCAUCCCUUCUUCAAGAGCGCGGCAUCAUGUCGAAAAAGCUGAGGACAGGUGGCAACGCAUAUCAUUCACAUCAUAUGAAGGAAAUAGGCUCUCGGUAUCAAUCAUUAUUAAAGCAACACUGGAAUAGACCAUAUACCAUUAUGAAGGGUGUUACCGCCUCUACCGCAAAUGUGACACGGUCAGUGACGAUGAUAUCUACAGUGACAGGUGAGGAGGCAAAGGAAAGCGAGGUGGCGAUGUCGACUUAUUGGCGAUUUAAUCUUGAGUCACCAGUUCGAUUCUCAGAUGCUCUCUGGACAAUACUGCAGAGGCAAAGUUAUCACUUCAUCGAGAUCGGUCCCCACUCAACACUAAAACUUCCUCUCCAACAGACUGCCGUGUCAAUAGGAAAAUCAGACUAUCUUUACGAUAGUGCGUUUUCCCGCGGAAAAGACUCGUGGAUGACCAUGCUCCAACUAAUUGGGUCCCUGUUCUUGCAAGGGCAUGAUGAACUCAACUACCGGGAUGUUAUAGUUGGAGAAGCCUGGAAACAACCCUGUGUCUGUAUCGACCUUCCUCCGUAUCCGUGGGAUUAUGACUGCUCUGCGAUGUGGUCUGUUCCUCGAAUGGUGACUGAGUUCUGUCAUCGCAAAUAUCCCCGACAUGAUCUGCUCGGCUCACGCGUGCCGGGAGUCAGCCCAGCUACCGCCAUGUGGCGUAAUCUACUAGAUCUCAACGAAGUGGAAUGGCUAUCCCAUCACUGUCUUGGCCCAUACCCUAUAUUUCCUGCGGCUGGCUAUAUCGCAAUGGCUGUUGAAGCGAUUCGUCAAGUUUCUGGGUUGGAACUCGACGAAUGUCCUGGAAUUGAGCUCCGUAACCUGAAUUUUCUCAAAACGCUCGACUUGGAUCCGAAUCAAAAGCCACGGGUUGAAGUUCUCGCUGAGAUGAGUGCUUCGAAAAUUUCCAGCCUAGCUACCUCGAAUAAAUGGUGGGACUUCAGUGUUUUGUCUGUGACUGAUGAUGACUUCCAGGCUACUAAGCACAUGAGCGGCAUCGUCAGCCUUGCUGGAGAAUCUCCACGCACAGCCCGUCAGAUCAACCUGGACAAGUCAAAGUUGCAGAAAGACGCAUCACGAGUCUGGUACGAGAGGUUUAUCCAAGAAGGUCUCAACUGGGGUCCAUCAUUCUCUAUCAUGAAGGAAAUCUUUAGAGAUCGAGCGCGGAUGAAAUGCGCAGCAGCGGCUACUACCCCUCUUCUCCGUGGCAGUGAUCCAAGCCGGAGUGGGAGACCAGAAUACAUCGUUCAUCCGAUUUCAAUGGACGGCAUGUUCCAAACUGCCUUCGUUGCCACCUCUGGCGGAUGGAUAAACCAGCUUCGUGCCAAAUUGCCUGUCGCUAUGGACUCGCUGUAUAUUGCUCCUACUUCUGCAAUCGAUAUGAGCACGGAAAAUAUUUGGUCGACAGAUGGGGUGUCGGAAAGCGUCGGGUUCGGUGCUGUCAGGAUUAACGCCGAGCUCUACAAUUCAUCAGGCCAAGUUCUGGCCCGCAUGAACAACGCCCGUUGUAUCACCUUUCAGGGAAAGAGUCAGACAGACACGCCUGAGGAACGUAACCCACUUGUUAGGGUCGCUUGGAAGCCUGAUAUCACUUUGACGACCAGUCCGGAUAUCUCAACAUACCUUGACUGGUUUGCAGAUAUCUGCAGGUCUCAGAGGAGAGUUGCUGAAGAGCACCUACUCCGCCUGGCUGGUGCCCUUGACUUGAUCUGCCAUAAGCGACCUGAUAGUAAGGUUCUCGACCUCACCAACCAAACCACGACGGCGGAACUUAUGCGCACGCUACUACGUGCACACUCGCCAUUACGCAGGUUUGACACUUAUUUUGAAGGCUCUUUCUCAGAAUCGGGAGAACUCCUGGGCAAGGAAGCUUUCACGGAAGAGCAGACGGAAUCAAAACCAAGUCAGGGAACUAUGUUUGACGUAUUAAUCAUUGACCUGGAAUCGGAUGCUCUGAUAUCAAAAAUUUCCCCUUUUGUUUCUCCAGGAGCAAUGGUUAUCACAACAAGGGACGUGCCAAAACCUGAUGUUCACUUCGAAACAGUGAUAACAGACAAAGCUGGUUCUCAGUCAAUGACAAUAUCCAAGACUCCAAGCGCGGCGACAACAGCGAACAAGGCCCAGACACGCCAUGUAGUUAUGAUUACACGCGACGACCGUGUAUCUGACAUGGAAGUACAGAUCCAACAAGCUCUAGAACAUUUCUUUGGUUUCACCGUAAAUAUGAUCAGUUUGUUUCAAGUAUCAGAAGAAACAGUUCCAAAACGAGCGAUUGUCGUAUCAAGCCUGGAACUCCGACGACCUCUUUUGAUCGCCAUGGAUGAACAUGAAAUAGCCUACUUAAAAGACAUUACAGACAGAGCAGCCAUAGUACUGUGGCUCUCAAAUGGAGACAUGUUAGGUGGUCAACGCCCUGACUUCGCUCCAGUGCUAGGUCUCUCUCGUUGUUCGAUGCUAGGGCAGCCUUCUCUCAGAUUUGCAGUGCUCAACAUAGAUGAUGUGUCCAUCCCUUCAUCUCAGAGAACACCAAGGAACACUGUUAAGAUUAUGCAUCAGUUGAUUCACACUGGCAACCCGGAUUUGGAGUUUGCCCAGAAGAAGGGGACAAUCCACAUAGCUCGCUGGGAGCCGGACGAAUAUCUUAACACGAAAUUCCGAUUGAAGCAGAAUGAAGACACAAUCGACAAAGAUCUUGGUAGCGUGGGACGUUGCGAACUUGGCAUCAAGAGCCCUGGGCAGAUGGAUACAAUCCAUUUCGUGCGAAAAGAACACCCAGACAAACUCCCGCCAGAUGAGGUUGAGGUUGAGGUGAAAUGUGUGGGUCUGAAUGCCAAGGAUUUGUAUGUUCUUACUGCCAGAGUCGAUACCAAGAACGCAACCUGCUCGUGUGAGUGCGCAGGAGUUAUCACAGCAGUUGGAGACAACGUGUUCGGUUUCAAUACCGGUGACCGUGUGGUUGCCAUGGGCCCAGCUCAUUUUGCGAACAUUGAGCGCUUCCCACAAUGGGCUCUCUGUAAGCUUAGCAAUGAUGAGAAUUUCACAACAGCAUCAACAAUCCCAAUUGUGUUCUCAACUGUACUAUAUGCUUUGAAGUACAUGGCUAGCAUUCAACCUGGUGAAUCUAUACUUAUUCACUCGGCCGCAGGCGGGGUUGGAAUGGCUGCAAUCCAAUACGCAAAACAUGUCGGCGCAAAGAUCUUUGCGACUGUUGGAAACGAGAAGAAGAGGACAUUUUUGGUCAAGAACUUUGGCCUUGAUGCAAGCCGGAUUUUCAGCUCCCGGGAUACAUCGUUUCUACCUGCAGUUCUUGACGCAACAUCUGGUCAAGGUGUCGAUGUUGUGUUGAACUCUCUCAGUGGCGAGCUAUUGCACAGCAGCUUCAGCGCAUGUGCUGGAUUUGGCCGUUUCAUUGAGAUUGGAAAGCGCGACAUUCUGGACCAUGGAGCCUUGGACAUGAGCGUGUUUGCCCGCAGUGUCUCGUUCAUGGCAUUUGAUUUGGCAGAUCUCUAUUUGUCAAAGAAGCAGGCACACCAUGAGCUAUGGCGAAGUCUGCUCAUGGAGAGUAUGCGUCUCAUCCGUUCAGGCAUCUGCCGACCUUGCUUUCCAAUCGAUGUGUUUGAUGUCUCCGAGAUAACCGACGCAUUUCGUCAUCUCUCACUUGGGAGCCGGAUAGGCAAAGUUGCGGUAUCCUUCCAGAAUGCACACAGUAGGAUCAGGGUUAUCCCAGACAAACAUGAGGCCGCCUUUGAUCCUCACAAGAGCUACCUUAUGGUUGGGUGUCUUGGGGGUUUGGGCAGAAGCCUGUCGAAAUGGAUGGUGUCUCGGGGCGCCCGCAGCUUUGUCUUCCUCGGUCGAUCUGGCGAUGAUAAGCCCGAGGCAAGAACUAUGGUUGACGAUCUUCGGGAACAGGGUAGUCACGUCGUUGUCACUCGUGGUGAUGUCUGCAAAUAUGAUGAUGUCGAAAAGGCUGUUUGCGAGGCAAUCUCCCCAAUUGGAGGCGUUAUGCAAGCUGCCAUGGCUCUCAGCGAAGCCCUCUGGGUCGACAUGUCACGUGAACAGUGGCAUACAACUCUCAGCCCGAAGGUGCAAGGUACUUGGAACCUUCACAACGCGUUACGAAAGGAAAAUCGAGACUCCCAUCUGGACUUCUUCGUGAUGACUUCUUCCACGUCUGGGACUGUCGGAACACCAACAGAGGCCAACUACAGCGCAGCUAACGCCUUCCUCGAUGCUUUCGCUCGCUACCGCAAUAGUCUCGGCCUACCAGCCGUUGCUAUUGGCUACGGUAUGCUUUCGGGGGUAGGGUACCUUCACGAGCAUCCGGAAAUCGAAUCAUAUUUGAAACGAGCGGGCGCACAUGCCAUCACUGAAGACGAACUUAUCCAGAUCAUGGACCUCGCCAUCACUCAUCAGGACCCAGCUACCUGGGAGUCACGCUAUGACCAACUCGUAGGUAGUCACCUCCUCACAGGAGUUGAAUUCAUAGACCUCCAAAAACAACACGAUCAAGGCUUCGAAGGCGAUAACCCGAUUCUCUCGGAUCCGCGGGCAUCUCUAUUCUCUGCAUCUUUUGCUCGUAAAACCGGCAAAGACAUCAACGCGAAUACCACCCCCGCUGGGAAUAAUCGUCUGCCUGAAGAGGUUAUCACUGCGCUUCGUGGAAAUCAGAGCAGCAACAGCACAUCAGUUCUAGACGCCUUGCGCGGUAUAUUGUCAACGAAGAUAUCGCACUUGAUCCUUCUUCCAGAGGGAAAGCUGCAGCCAGAUCAACCGCUUGGUGAAUUUGGACUAGACUCGAUGCUCGCGGCUGAGCUUCGGACAUUUAUUUUCCGUCGACUGGAUGUCGAUGUGCCGUUUGUGGUGCUGAUGAAUAGUAGUACGACGGUAGAUGUGCUAGCUCGUCGGAUUUCGGAGGGUUUGGAAGUGGAUGUUGAUGGUUGA